GGUAAACAGUGCAAGGUAGCGCAUGGGCAGCCAGCAGGGAAUUAUUCCACAUCGCAUCACAUCCCUGAGCAUACAUGGCGUCCUCACACACCGAGCCAUGAAUUUAGUGUGCAUGCUGACGGGGUAGCCGCCAAUCUUUUUGUUUUUUUUUUUUUACAUUUUUGUUGCAGCCAUCAUUCGUUGCGUCGGUGUGCAGCAGCGGGGAAGAUUCAGCGCACAUUGCUACAGUAGGUACCAUCAGUUUCUGGAUCAAGACGAUGGAUGUGGGCUCAUCCGGAUCUAUUCCUGCAAAUACGGGGGACGGGCGCGAUUUUUUAUUCCAAACGCAUCCACAUCUUCCGUAUGUUGCAAGGUGUUUUUGAAAAAAGGGUACGGACUUCUGGAGGAAAUGAGAAGAAAGGUCUAUUUUGACUCACGCCUGUCGAGAUGGAGGCAUCAUUAAGAAGACCUGUACGUUCAAGAUCAAACACACCUCAUUAGAUCAUUACGGAUCAUUGUUAUUCUGCGUAAGGGCAAAAGAGGCAUUUCUUAGCCGUGACCUGCAAACGUUUUUGUCUAUGAGCACUGAAUCACAAAGAAGAUUGAUCCCACCGUCGACCCAAUGUAGGAACUGCUCCCUCCGAUUCCCGCAACCUCUAUUCUUGCUUGGAUUUCAGCAUUCAGUCAAAUCCACCAGGACAGAGUAUGCCAUCUGCACCUUUUCACAGAAUCCUACGACCCCUUCUACUCGGAACUUUUAUACUGGGAUGCUUUGUGACUCUGUUUUUGAUGUAUUUUAAACCAUCCACCAGCUGGUUAUCGGGUCCUGUAGAGUCAACAGUAUCCACAGACCGGGUCAAGAACCUCUUCUCUACCAAGAGCGAUAAAAACGUGACCACCGUGCUGAUCUGGCUCUGGCCUUUCGGACAAACCUAUGACCUGAGCGUGUGCAGCUCUCUCUUCAACAUUGAGGGCUGUUUCAUCACAGCGGACAGGAACCUCUUCAACAAGUCAGAUGGGGUCGUCAUCCAUCACCGAGACAUCUGCACUGACCUGUCCAACCUGCCGCCAGUCCAGCGACCAUCCUUCCAGAAGUGGAUAUGGAUGAACUUGGAGUCACCGUCACACUCUUCCCAGCUGCCUGGGAUCGAGAACAUGUUCAAUCUGACUCUCAAUUACCGUCAGGAUGCUGACAUUGAAGUGCCUUAUGGGUCCAUUGUAGCAGCGGAGGGCGAUGAAGACUUUGUCCCACCCAGCAAAAACAAGCUGAUCUGCUGGAUUGUGAGCAACUGGAACCAGGACCACGUGCGGGUGAAAUACUACAAUGAGCUGUACAAACACAUUGAGGUUCACGCGUAUGGACAAGCCUUCGGGGAGUACAUCUCUGACCAAGACUACUUCCCCACCAUCGCCAGCUGUAAGUUCUACCUGGCUUUUGAGAACUCCAUCCACAAGGACUACAUUACUGAAAAACUGUACAACCCACUCUCUGUGGGGACAGUGCCAGUGGUUCUUGGCCCGCCCAGGCAGAACUACGAGAACUUUAUCCAGGGAGACGCCUUCAUCCACGUGGACGACUUCACCUCGCCCAAGGAGCUGGCUGAUUACCUGCUGCUCCUGGACAAGAACGAGGAAAUGUACCUCAGGUACUUUGAGUGGCGGCGGCACUUUAAAGUAAAGAAGGCCUAUUUCUGGGCAGAGCACACAUGCCUGGCUUGUGAUUACCUGCGUAGGCACAAGGAGUACAAGGCAUUCAAUAACCUUGACAAGUGGUACUGGGGCGGAUAGUGUUGUGAAGGGCUAUGCAGUGCUUGUUUUGUCGUUGAAGGCAGUGCUUUAAGAUUUUUUGUCCUUCGGUUAACAUGAAGGUUCAUUACUGUUCUGUCCCGGGCUCCCGAAUGAUGUUUUUCUAUUGGUUCAGUGGCACAGUGAGAGAUCCAUCUUGUUUUUUUAUUUGCAAGCCAGUUUUGCUCAGCCUUACUUUGCCUUUUGUGUUAUUCAUUUAUUAUUUAUUUUUUAUGAAUUACAAAUGCACUUCAUUUUUUACUGUUAUUUCCACUCAUGUUUUGCUUAACAUGCCCACAUUUGCUGCUAUUUUUUUUGUUUUUAUUUUCUAUUAGUAUGAAUGCGUGAUUGUGUGGAUGUUCCUGUACAACAAAUAACAUUCAUGAUAAAAGGUUGUUGUUUUUUUCUUUAAAUAUUAUCUUUUCAGGAAGUGGCACACAGCGGACAUCGGAAUAGUGUUGGCUGCAGAAGAAGACUGACACAAAAAGUACAAAUAUUUAUGUAAUAUUUAUUCAAGUGAGGCAUUAUAUGAUAAAAAAAAAAACAAUCUCAUCUGUGCUAGUGAUGCAGUCACCUAUGCAGUGUUUACUGAACUCAAAUGUGAAAGUAGUUCAAUUGUGUCAUGUACAUAUUGUGUAUUUUUGGAAUUAUGUAGCUGUCAUUUUUUCCGUUUUUUGUAAUUUUGCAUCUGCACUGCAAACCCAACUGUUACCUAUCUUUACAUAUGUACAGUAAGACAGACGGUCAUCGUAUUAUGUGGCUGUAGAUGGCAUACGGUGAUCAUUACCCCGGUGGUCUCCGACAGCAGAUGUGACUCUGUGCUAUGCGAGAGGGAGGUUACUAUUUUAAUCAUGUUGUGAAUUGUUCAUUGUCACAUGUGAGUGUGACACAGUGCAGUUGGAAUCCUGUGUGAGUGAGGAUAGUACAGUACGGAGCCUUGUACUGCAAUAUGGAACUCCUGCCCUUCUCAUUAUGAAGCAGUCUGAUUUGACCAACAAAAGUCUGAAAUUUUUAACUGAAUACAGUGACAGGAAAUAGUACACAGAGUCUAUUGUAUUGUGUCAUUCCACAAUGUGACCUAAAAUUUUUUUUAAAAUUUACAGUUGAAGUGGGUGUGAAUUGGGAUCAGAUCAAGUGAGAAAACGCCCAUAUGUUUGGGACCUGUAAAGAACAAUGUGAAAGAUAUAAAAUGUUAGCGAUUAUUAUCUGUCUUUGAAUCAUCACACCUGGGAGUUAGAGGUUGCAUGUGAACAAUAUUUUUCAGAUUUUCUUUUUGUUUACACCUGUUUACAGUUAACCACUCAAGAUCACACUAAGACAGCUCAGCAUCUGUACAUAUCACAUCACUUUUAAAUGUCAAAACAGCUAAUCCAUGAACAAUGCAUCUCAACAGCACUCAGCAGCUAUUGACAUGAUGGUUAAGUUUCUACAGAAAGUACUGUGCAAAACCAUGUCAACAUUUUAUGCAAGAUGAGCCGCCGUCUUCUUGGUCAAAGUACUCAAACAUGUUUCAGGUUCAGGUUUCAUUUUGAUAUUUCUUCACUGUCAAAGGGACCAUUGAUGUAAAUUAUAAUGAAUUCAGUUAUUUUUCUUAUGGAAUCUGGUUGCAAAUGCCAUAGUGAAACCUGUAUAUAAACCUUGUAGUGAACUGAAUCAUCAUCAGGAUCAAACCAGCCCACUAACACAGAUCAUUCCUGUAUGUGCACCAGACUGAGGGAACUCCAAUGGUGUUUGCAUUCAUGGAGAAAAGAAACAAUGUGUUGUAUAUAUUUUUAAUGUUCAAAUCUCUUUAUAACAUGCAAGUGUCGUCAGGCAGUGAAUGUGAUUUCGCUGCACUUUGUAAGUAAUGUUGGUGCUUCAAAAGGCUGUGAAUCAAGGCGAAAGGAGAGAGACACUUGAAAAGGUUAACGUCAGACAAUGGUUUUAGUGUUGUGAGGAGGAUGUUUUCAUCAAGGGAGGCAAUUUUACACUGAAUAUUUUUUUGAUUAGGCAGUAAUUCUGUUGGCUUGACCUAAAUGGAAAAAGCCUGUCCAAAAUGCAGCAGAGAAAUAGCACUUUUAUUCAUGUGGAGUUGUGUGACUCACUGUGCUGGUGCCUGUCUUAGAUGGAGCUAUUGUGAGUCCAGUAACUGUCAUCCAAGACUUCGGUUGUCACACAGAUUAACUAUGAAACUGCCACUCAUGGUUUCAUAUUGUACAGUCCAAUCUCAUGUAUGAAAACAAAGGUUUCUUGUCCAAUGUGGUUGGUGACUUUAAGGAUCAAAAGAUAUGUUUAGUUUUUUUAGCGUUGUCUGUCUUUUUCAUACUCUCUUCCUUUCUCUCUUUUUGCACAAAAACAACAUGAGGAGCCGUGGCUUCCCUGUCCCCUGUCUGAGUCUGUGAGUGUGUCACAGCACCAGAAAGUGAAUCAGGAUGUCUCUGGAUACUGUCUGACCUGGCACUGAUUUUGCUGGAGUCCUCAAAAACUCUGCAUACAGAGUGGGAUGAAAUCUUUGUGUGUGGUUGAACGUGAAGAUUUCUCCAGAAAUGCUUAUUUUCUGCCAGUUCACUGAAAUUAUCAGUGAGUCAAUCAGUAUGUAAGUUUUUUGCCAAAUCACUGUAUUUUGCCAAAUGUUGUGUUUUACUGUAGAUGUCUGAUAGUGUCAAAGAAAAUAAAGAUAUGGCCA